AGUAUUGAACUCCAUAACUAAAAAAAGAACUUCCUCCAAUCAAAAUCCUUCGGGGUAUUUAUAGCUCCUUAAGCUUCAUAAUCAAGUUAGACUUCUCUUAUGAAACUCAGGGUUAGGGUUAGAUCGUUGAAAGGCCAGAGGUGAAAGAUGUCGGAGCGCCACCACUUGCCGGAGGAAAUCCUGAUCGAAAUCCUCACCCGUCUCCCCGUCAGGUCCCUCGUACGCUUCACCGCCGUUUCCAAGUCGUGGUUCUUCUUCAUCACCAGCCCCGCCUUCGUCUCCGCCCACCUCCGCCACUCCCGCUGCAAAGGUAAUUCCGCCGGUAUCCUCCUCUUCCUCCGACGUUUCGAGAAUUCAUCCAAAAAGGAAAAGUAUGAAAUACUCGACGAAUCUGAUCACCAGACACUUACCCCGAUCAGCUCUCCCCAGCUCUGUCCCCCAAUUGCUUGCAAGGUCGGGUAUUUUCGUGUGGUUGGCUGCUACAACGGCGUCGUUUGCUUAUCAGACGAUUUGUAUAGCGAUUCGUAUGCUAUGUACCUUUGGAACCCUUGGAUUCAGAAGUUUAAGACGUUACCGCCUCCUACUAUUAGACCGGCUUGGCCUUUUACCUCCACACUUGGAUUUGGUGUUAAUCCUCAGUGUGUUGAUGAUCUCAAGGUAGUCAGAGCCGUGUUUGGAAGGAAUGAAGAGUAUCAGGGAAUACCCGAUGUCCCACCAGAUGUUGAGAUUUAUUCGCUCAGAACUGGGAAAUGGAGAAGGAUAUCGGCUGCUGGGGUGAAUCUUUAUAUGAUCAAUUUCAUCUGGUCUCAGGCUUUUGCCCAUGGAGCAGUGCAUUGGAUUGGGUACAAAUGUUUGGAGAAUGAAAUGUUCAAGUGUUCUAUAGCAGUUUUCACCUUGGCUAAUGAGGUUUUUAGUGAAAUUAUGCUGUCAGAUGAAUUGGCCAGUGGGGUUGAUGGAUCAAGCUUGAAUAUUAUGACAUUUGGUGAAUCUAUUGUUGUUGCUAAGUAUGGUGAAGCGAUUCGUGGUGCUUACUGUGAGCUGUGGAUGAUGAAAGAGUACGGAGUUGUGGAAUCUUGGUGUAGGCUACAUCGUAUAGAACUGGUUGAAGGGAUGGGAAGAAUCGUUGGCUUUAGGGAAAACAGUGACAUUUUAUUCUCUACCAAUGAGGGUGAGCUUGUUUCGUACUGCCCGGAUACUGAAGUCGUUAAUAAACUUGGAAUUUAUGGUUCUGUCCGCUCAUUGUAUGUUGGUAAAUACUUGGAAUCUCUUGUUCUGCUUCAAGAACACAGCUGCGUUAUCAAUGGGCUAUCUGAAGAAAUGACAAGCAUGUCGAUUUGAACAGGAGAUUGAGUUUGCUCAUUUGUUUAAAGGGUUACGAUACAAUGUGUCAAGCAGGAGAAAAAUACACCGGGCAGUGUGAGGAGUAGCGUUCCACGCCCCUGUAAGAAUAUCGAAAAAUGAAAGGGGAUGCAAAGGGAACCACAGCCGUGAAAGAGAAAAACUUACGUGACACUGAGUUGGCAGGAAGAAAUGAAGCGCUAGAAGGAAAACCACACCCUUGUUCACAACAUAUAUGUGAACAAUAAAACCAUUUUGCCACCUAUCUUUAUUUAUAAUCAGAUCAUAUGCAUUCAAUGAUCGCACAGUGGUUACACUUUAUUCUCUUAUUUAUCAAUGAGUAAACACUAAUUAAUCACCACAUGUGAACUCAACUCUAUAAAUAGAUUCUUGUUGAGAGAGGAAAGACAUUCAAUUCUACUCAUAUAAAUCAGUACACUCUUG